CUGCCCCCUGAUUGGUGGUGCGGCUCGGAGGAGUUGGCGCGAACGUGCACGCUGGAGAGGCGAGACAAAGAGCAUCCUGCGCAUUUUAAUGUUAUUUAUUGAUUAGCGGAUCACUCUACUUUUGCUCCCCGGUGAUUACGCGACCAUGGCGGAUAAAGAAGCUGCAUUCGAUGAUGCGGUUGAGGAGAGGGUGAUUAACGAGGAGUAUAAGAUUUGGAAGAAGAACACCCCGUUCCUCUACGACCUGGUCAUGACCCACGCACUAGAGUGGCCGAGUUUGACGGCGCAGUGGCUUCCGGAUGUCACACGGCCGGAGGGUAAGGACUACAGUGUGCAUCGGCUGGUCUUGGGAACACACACCUCCGACGAGCAGAACCACCUGGUGAUCGCCAGCGUGCAGCUGCCCAACGACGACGCCCAGUUCGACGCCUCGCACUACGACAGCGAGAAAGGCGAGUUCGGAGGCUUUGGUUCGGUGAGCGGUAAGAUCGAGAUUGAGAUCAAGAUAAACCACGAGGGCGAGGUGAACCGUGCGCGCUACAUGCCCCAGAACCCCUGUAUCAUAGCAACCAAGACGCCCUCCAGUGACGUGCUCGUCUUCGACUACACCAAACACCCCUCCAAACCUGACCCAAGUGGCGAGUGCUGUCCUGACCUGCGUCUCCGUGGCCACCAGAAGGAAGGUUAUGGGCUGUCCUGGAACCCCAACCUCAGCGGCUGCCUGCUCAGCGCCUCCGACGACCACACCAUUUGCCUGUGGGACAUCAGUACGGUCCCCAAGGAGGGCAAGGUGGUGGACGCCAAGACCAUCUUCACGGGACACACGGCCGUGGUCGAGGACGUCUCAUGGCACCUGCUGCACGAGUCGCUCUUCGGAUCCGUCGCCGACGACCAGAAACUCAUGAUCUGGGAUACGCGGUCCAACAACACGUCUAAGCCGAGCCACGCUGUCGACGCCCACACAGCGGAGGUCAACUGCCUGUCCUUCAACCCCUACAGCGAGUUCAUCCUGGCCACCGGCUCCGCAGACAAGACGGUGGCGCUGUGGGACCUGCGUAACCUGAAGCUGAAGCUGCACUCCUUCGAGUCGCACAAGGACGAGAUCUUCCAGGUCCAGUGGUCCCCCCAUAACGAGACCAUCUUGGCCUCCAGUGGAACAGACAGAAGACUCAACGUCUGGGACCUCAGUAAAAUUGGCGAGGAGCAGUCUCCUGAAGACGCAGAGGACGGACCCCCUGAACUGCUGUUCAUCCACGGCGGCCACACAGCCAAGAUCUCCGACUUCUCCUGGAACCCUAACGAGCCCUGGGUCAUCUGCUCCGUCUCCGAAGACAACAUCAUGCAAGUCUGGCAAAUGGCUGAGAACAUCUAUAAUGAUGAGGACCCCGAGGGGGCAGCGGAUGCUGAGGUGCAGGGCUGAAGAACCUUCUAGAACAUUUACAGCCCCCGUCCCCGCCCCCUCCCCUUCCCCU